AUGUACGAUUCUACAACCGGUACAUUACAUGUGGCGUGUACCGGUGAUUCGAGGGCGGUUUUGGGGCAGCAAAAGCCAGACGGUAAAUGGGAAGCAAUGCCAUUAGAGCACCCUGGCGAGGAAGAUAUUAUCCGAAACGGACGGGUACUAGGGAUUGCGGUCUCACGAGCUUUUGGUGAUGGCCAGUGGAAGUGGCCAAUUCAAUUCCAGAAGGAGCUGCAACGGAGAUUUUAUGGUCCACCCCCUCUGGUCCCAACAUACAACAUUCAAACGCCACCCUAUCUAACGGCUGAACCGGUCGUGACAAGCGUCAAGGUCGACCCUGGAACCCCUUCUUUCCUGAUAAUGGCGACAGACGGCUUGUGGGAUAUGCUCUCCAGUCAGCAGGCAGUUGAUCUAGUGGGGAAGUGGUUGGAAUUGAAAGCAGCUGAGAAGAAGAACAGCACACUAGAGCCAACAUAUGAACCAUUUGACUUCGGUCAAUUCUGGAAAGGAGUAAGCUGGAAGUUUGUGGGGGGAGAACUACAGUCCAAGAUGACAAUGUCGCUGUGCAUUUGGUGCGUAAUUCACUGGGUGGGAACCAUCACGAAUUGA